AUGGCCUCCGAAGAAACCAAACCGAAAACCAUCGACGAAAGCAUCCUGUCCUAUCUAAAGGACCACGAAGACGCCGGAGAAUUCGCCCAGAAGGGCGAAACCGCCCUCGAAUGGGACAGCAACGAACAAAUGCGCUACAUAAUGCGCGAACUGCUGAUCAAAAUCAACAAACGGCUGGCGUGCAAGGAGAAAUACGAAAAUCUAACGCUAUGGCACAACCAAUACCCCCUGUUCGACAUGGAAAACUUCAUACCGGACUUCAACAUAGACGACGACAUGAUCAAGAUGCUGUCGUUCCGCGAAACCGUCCUGAUCAGCGAAUUGGACAGCGACCGCGACGACAGCCGCGAAUGCACCCCCAACCCCAUCGGCUCCCUCUGUCUCAACAUCGACGGCAUCCAUUCGGUGCUACCCGAAGGCGUCAAGCGCACCUGCACCGACCAGGAGCUCGAGCUCGAGGUGUUGCAGACGCUCCAGCGCGCCAAACACGCGGCCGGUCCGUUGAGCGAGAAACCGUCGUCGAGCGGCGGCGGCGGCAAGCCGCCCCCGAGCCGCGUCGACGACAUCGAGGCCGAGCUGCGCAAGAAGGUCGACGAGUUCGAGGAGACGCUCAAAAUGGAGAUGUACGACAACGCCUUGAAGCUGGUCGUGCACCUGUCGUCGCAGUUCACCAGCGGCCCGAUGAACGGCGGCUCCCGGAUCACCGCCUGGAUCGACAGGAAGCUGCAUACGCUGGAAGAGAAACGCACCGAAUACGUGGACUUCAAGACGGACAGACAGCACAUGGAGAAGUCGCUGUACGUCGGCCUGCAGCGCAGGAAGUACUAUUUGAGGCACGCGUUCACGCUGAACGACGACGAACCGGUGGAGGAGCGAAAGUACUACAGCUUGGCGAAGGCGAGGAAUUUGAUGGGCGAAGGGGCCAAUUUCGUGCUGAUGCGAUAUUUGGCCAUUACGCAGUACAAAGGGGACUUUGAAUUGUCGACGACUUACAUCAACGGCAACAUGUGCAGGAAUAUUUACGAAUGCACAGGGCCUUUGAAGGGCACCGUCAACGGGCAACAGAUCGAUAUAUGCAAAAUAUACAGGUGUAUUAUAGAAGAGUGCGGUUUGCAGCAUUCCUCUUGCACCACGAUGACCAUUCACGGUAGGAUCGUUACGCAAGAAUGGGACGGUUGCAGAAUCAUCAUCAACAUGAAUCCGUUGCAACACAUAAAACCCGGAACGCCCAGCCCGUACGAUCGGCUGUGCCUCAACCAAACAUGGUACGACGAUUUGGAGUUGUUCUCCAAAUAUUUAGACGUCAAGACCGACGUCGAAUUGAACAUGAAAACCUUCAUAGCCGAUCAUCCGGAGGUGAAGAACAUCCUCGCCGAUUACCUCAACAACAUUUUGCUGUUGAAGCCCGACAACAUACUCACGUUCACCAUAAAUUUCUUCGAAAGUUUGUGUCCCACCAAAUUGGAGAAAUUAAAUCAGUUCAAUUGA